AUGCCACCUGGCCGGAGUAUAUGGAAUGGUCAUUUUGCUGCCCUUAUUCGAGAACCCCAAGGAUAUCCGGCCCGACGCUGGAUGCAAGAAAUUCCAAACAACAGCGUUAUCCGAUUUUAUCACAUUGCAAAUACCGAAAGAGUCUUAGCACUUAGUCCUAGAGCUUUGGGAGAGAUUUUGGUUUCAAAGGCUCAUGACUAUGAGAAAACUACCCAUUUGAAAAUGUCAUUGCAACAAGUAGCUGGUGAUGGUCUCCUCGUCGCAGAGGGUGAUGUCCAUAAACAUCAACGAAGGAUUCUAAACCCUGCCUUUUCUUACCGUCAUGUUAAGGACCUCUACCCAACAUUUUGGAACAAAGGGAUUGAGAUGGUCAAAGCCAUUGAAAAAAGCUUUGAAAAAUCCUAUGAAAGCCCAAAAAUCAUAGAGAUUUCCGAUUGGGCAAGUCGCACAACUCUAGAUCUUAUCGGUCUCGCUGGAAUGGGCCACGACUUUGGGUCGAUCUACAACCCGACAAAUAAAGUCAACGUAGAAUACAGAAAAGUGUUUAGCGAACCAUCAAAGUUGAUGGUAAUCCUCGGGUUUCUCGGUGUGAUUUUGAAUCCGUGGAUCGUUUUCAAUCUCCCCUUGCCGCGGAACCGCAAAGUCAAGGAGGGAUCAAAUUACAUCCGCAGCGUUUGCCAGGAGAUAAUCAAUGAGAAGAGGCAGAAGAUGACAAGGAAAACAGAACGCGGCGUAGACAUACUUUCCGUCGCAAUUGAAAACGGCGGAUUCAACGACAAAGAGCUUGUUGACCAGGUCAUGACAUUUAUCACCGCUGGACAUGAAACAAUUGCAUCUGCGGUACAGUGGACGAUCUACGCGCUUUGCAAAUAUCCAGAAAUACAAUCUCGCCUCCGAAAAGAAAUACGCUCCUCGUUGCCCUCAAUAUCGACGGAUAAUCCAACAGCCAUAUCCUCCUCCACCAUUGACAACCUCCCAUACCUGCAGGCUGUCUGUAACGAAUCGCUCCGCUUCUACCCCCCAAUUCCGUUAACAGUUCGUGUAGCCAUCAGGGACACGAUGCUCCAUGAUGCAUUCAUCCCCAAGGGAACUAGUGUUAACAUUGCGCCUGCCGCGACAAACCACGAUCCCCAGCUCUGGGGCCCAGAUGCCGGAAUAUUCAAUCCGGAACGAUGGAUGGGGCCUGGAAGGGCAAAUACCGGUGGUGCAACAAGUAACUAUUCCUUUUUGACAUUUAUUCACGGGCCGAGGAGUUGUAUCGGCUCAGCCUUCGCGCGUGGAGAGCUGGCAUGUCUUGUGGCGAUUAUUGUGGGCAGAUUUGAGAUGGAGUUGGUGGACCCGCACAAGGAAUUGCUGGUUAAGGAUGGGAUUUCAGGGGCGCCAAGGGAUGGGGUUGUAGUGAAGGUGAAAAUUUUGGAGGGAUGGUGA